CACAAUUCUUUUCUUUCUAGUAUAGCUGUUUUUUUUUAAUAAAUGACAAAUACGUUAAGAAAUCAAACUUUAAUGAUUGGGAAAACAGGAACAUCGAUUGUUUCUUUUCAAGAAGAAGAUGCUCAAUGUCCUGUUUGUAAAAGUGAUAAAUACUUAACACCCAAUUUAAAGCUUUUAGUGUCACCUUGCUUUCAUAAAAUGUGUGAAUCUUGUAUAGAUCGUUUAUUUAGUGCGGGACCCGCUCCUUGUCCUAUCUGUCAACAAGUGUUAAGAAAGAACCAAUUCAUUUCCCAAAUUUUUGAAGAUCUUGCUGUUGAAAAAGAAGUUCGUAUACGAAAACGAGCUGCUAGAGUGUUUAAUAAAAGGGCUGAAGAUUUUCCAAGUUUAAGGGCAUAUAAUGAUUACUUGGAAAUGGUAGAAGAUAUUAGUAUGUACAUAAAUUUGAACUCUUUACCUCUUCUCCUUAUCUUUCCCACUCCCUCUAACAAUAUACUUAUAUAUAGCAUUUAAUUUAAUGAAUGAAGUGGAUGUUGCAGAAACUGAAGCAAAAAUAGCAGCAUAUGAAAUGGAAAAUAAAGAAAGUAUUGCAGCAAAUCAAGCUAAACUACUAAAUGAGCAAAGAUAUAGAAAUUAUCAAGAUGAAUUAGAGAAAAAAGAAAGAGAGCAAAAGAGGGAAGAAUAUUUGAAACAAUUAGAAGAAGAAAGAAAGAUGAAAGAAAUAGAAAAGUCUGACAUUAUUACAGAACUUGCAACAUCAAAUAAAUCUGCUCAAGCAGUGAUUCAAGCGAGACAAGCAACUGCUCUUAAAAGAUCUUCUGCUCUUCGCCAGCAGCAGCAGCAGCAACAACAACAG